GACUGCAGCAGAAAACAUUGGUUCGCUUCACCAUUAUACUUUGAGACGCGAAGGACAUCAGCUGAGGAAAAGUGUAUAUUGGUAAAAUGAAUAAAGUAGCUAAAGCUGCAAAAUCGGUUUCCCCCGAUGGGGAAGCGAGUACAUCUCAACCACAUGGCAAUGUAGCGAUGUUCGUUGCGAAACUCUGGGCGAUCGUCAACAUGCCGGAAACCAACAAUCUUAUUUGUUGGUCAGCGAGUGGAAAAAGCUUCAUAAUCAAAGACUCAGCACGGUUUGCGAAAGAAUUAUUGCCGCAUUAUUAUAAACACAAUCACAUGGCUAGUUUCGUGCGGCAACUGAAUAUGUAUGGAUUUCACAAGAAAGCAUCUGUAGAACAGGGUGGCCUAAAGUGCGAUAAGGACGAAAUGGAAUUUGCGCAUCCGCAUUUUUGUAAGGGACAUAACUAUACGUUACCUCAGAUCAAGAGAAAGAUUGCGCACAACAAAAUUCAAAAUCAAGAUAUAAAAGAACCUAGCGCGCCAGAUUUAGUGAGUUCAGUGUUAACGGAUGUGAAAACUAUGCGAGCACGUCAAGACGAGUUUGAGAAAUUGUUGAAUACAGUGAAACAUGAAAAUACAACAUUGUGGAGAGAAUUGAUGAUACUGAGCCAGAAAAAUAUGCAACAACAUAAAUUGAUUAAUAAACUUAUUCACUUCCUCGUUACUCUUGUACAGUCAAGGAGAAAUGGUCUAACGGUUAAAAGACGCCUAUACCAUCCAUUGAUGAUAGACAAUUCAAGUCCUCCACGUAGAAAAAGUAAAUUGGCAGAGCCGCAAACCUCACCCACUGGACCGGUAAUUCAUGAACUUGAUGCAUCUGAACCUGGAUUGGCCUCUGAAUAUAUCGAUAGCGAUAUGUUGGAAAGUGAAGAUCCAGCUGUUCAAAGUCCGGGAUCUACCGAUGGUUAUACUAAAUUGGAGGUACCGGUGGACGAUGACAGCGAGGAAAGUAUUCAUCUAAUAACACAUCCUGAAUAUUCGGAAGCGAGUGAGAUUAAAAUACCUGGUCCAUCGGACGCGGAUGAGAUCGAAACGUCUGGUCAAUUUGAGGCGGAUGAGAUCGGAAUUUCUGAUUCAUUGGAGGCGGAUGAGAUCGAAAUGCUUGAUUCAUCGGAAGUGCAUGUAAUACAAGAAGUUCUUGACAAAGAAACCAGAUGGAAAACCAAGGUACCUGUAAAAAUUUUGAUCCCGCCGUUGGAAAAUGGAGAAAAACCUAGGGAAGAGUUACAUUUGCUCGAAAUGCCGGUCAGCGAGGAGACACCGAUGAAUGUCGCUAUAUUGAACGAUGAGACCAUCGGAUCCAAGCCAGUACCCGUGGCAACGGUUCGCAGCUCUAAACUUAUGGCAAUGGCAGCUAACAUGAAAAACUGUCAACAAAACAUUGAUCAGGAAAUAGAUAUGGAACCCUCAGUAGAUGUGGAUGUGGAUGAUGAUACUUCGGACAAUGAUACUUUUAAUUCAGGAAAUUUUGGAGAUGCUCUAAUACAGGUUCCGGACGUGUGCAACAACCAUAAGACACGAAAUAAUGUCAGUAACAGAAUAAAUGUCGGUCGCAGGCCCAGUAAAAUAAACGAGAGUUCCAGUCAUAUUUAUAAUGGUAAAAGUGUUUUGAAGAGUAAUAGCAAUCGAAACCGCUACAAGGAAAACGCAGCAGUAAAAUCCCCGCGCGAAGAGAAUGACAGUUGCAACGUGGCGAGUACGUCUAAGGAUUUGUCAUUAAGCUGUGUCAAUUCGUCAGGUGUGGCUGAAACUAAUUACAGAGAUACAUUGUGCAGUUAUUUGGAAACGAUGGAAAAUAAUUUGGAAGGCUUCCGUGAGAGGUUAAACGGUGAUGGUUACAGCAUUGAUGCUAAUACUAUUCUUGAGUUGCUCAAUUCCGACGAUGCCAUAUCAUUUGCAAUACCGGAUUUACCACCUGAUUUGCCGUCGGAGUUACUACUUAAUUCGGAAUUGAAUCCAGAAGAGAAUUGCAAGAAAGUGGAGGAGAAUCAUAUCCAAAAUCCAGAAUCAUUAAGCGGAUUGAAUCGUGGAGAACUUAUGACAUAUAAUUCAUCAAACGUUCUUGAUUUGGAUGACAUCUUUUUGAAUGGAAAUCCGUCAUCUUCGUUGGCAACGCCUGAAACGACAAAUGUAACUGCAGACUUGACGUUCGAUCCUGAUUCUUUAAAUGAAGAGGAUGAUAAAAUUCCACUUUUCAAUCUCGAUAAUUUCCAAAAUAAUGAUAUGGACUCCAGGUUAUAAGUUUCGCUAUUCUUGGUAAAUUUCUACUUUCUCACAACUGAAAAGUAGAAUUAAAUACGUAUUAUACGGCAAUACAUCAUCGACAUUUGGACGAAGCAUUUUAUGAGAGGGAGAUCUAAUUAGUCGUAAAGGGAAAUCGCGGCACUUCACAUAGUUACACCGUCGCUUCUUUAAAUAUAUAUUCGGCUUUAUACUGUUAUAUAAUUUGCUGAAAACGUGAAGUUUACAAUUACUUGUGGACCGAAUGACUAAAAUACUAUAAUUUUCCCUUUGCUUUAAGCUAACGGACGUAGAAUGAACUCAGUAGAGCGUUGUGAUUAUAAAUCUGGCUUUAGGAAGCUAGAGAAGUACAAAAUUUAUAACGGAGCCAUUUUCCAAUAGCGCGUGAACUGUCUAAUCUUUGCCUAUUCUAUGUGCAAAAAUAUAAGCAUAUGGGCACGUAGAGAAUUGUGAUCAGCGGUUACGAUAUCAUGCAAUACUGAACAGUUAUUAGUAAACGUAUGCGAAAUAGCACUCUAAAAGCAUUGAAGUAGUGUGAGACUAACGAACAGUGAUGUGGACAGGACUCUAGGGCUGAUAAAAAUAUCUGGAGAUGAGAAAGAACUUCUAAAUGAGGGAAGUCUUAUAGAUGGAAAAUUUGUAACGAGGCUCUACUUAUAGUCAAUGUGGUUUGUCGAAAUCAUCAGUAUUGCAGGAUUUGAUUGAUAGUACAGUUCAGUUUAGAUAUUCAUAUGUCGAUGGCAACACGUAAUUUGAAUUACUUAGUUUAUAUCUAUUAUAUCGAUAGCUCACAGAAGUGAUUCCUCGUAUUUACGAAAUCGGAGGUUUUCAGAAAGAACAAAAGAUCUGAUACGUAAGAAUCGUUUGAUGAUAGGAUUGAAAUAAAAAACUCAUUUUGUUUUAAGAGAGAGAGAGAGGGAGAGAAACAACAAAUUUCUUCUCUAUUCUUUAGUUAUUUUUCAUUUCCGAUUUUUUUUUACAAUAAAGGUAAAAUAUUUUUAACAAGUCGAAAAAUUUUUAAUUGAACUAAAAAUACGCAAAUAACCGUUUUUGCAGAUACGAGAUAUCACUAUUUAGCCAUCGAUAUAUAGUAAAAUAUGCUACGGAACUGACGACUAAUGUUUUAUAAAAAAGUCUUAACAAAUUUGCUGAGCGAAAUUAAAUAAUAUAAAUUAGAUAUUAAAUAGAUAUCUAAAUAAAAGAGAAUUUACACGAAAUUAUGCGAAUUAAAAGUAAUAUAAAACCAUAAAAAUCGUCAUUCUCGUUUGGCUGUAUAUAAAAUUGCAUAUUCUAUAAAAAAAAUGUACAAUAUAUAACAAAAAUGUUGGUAAACUAAUUGAAAUUUAAUUUAAAGUUCAAUUAAAAAAAAUUUAUAAAAUUGUCCGUAAAAUGUAUCAACGUAUAAUAUUAAGAUGCAAAAAUUUCUGUACAAUAUAUUUUAAGGCUCCUGAGCCAUCUUAAUUCAUGACAUCAGAAAUAAGAAAAGCAUGCCAAAAUUUCUUGUAAAAUAACAUUGCAAUAACAAGAUAUAUUCAUAAAAUGGCAUUUAUAAUCGAUCGAGCAGAUCUGUAAUAUAGCCCGAAAACUUUUUUUUACUGUAACAAUCAUUAAAUAACCAUAAAAUGAAUGUGAUAGAAUUAUGAUAAUAGAUUAAAAAAGAAGUAGGCUAUAUGUAAUAUCAAUCUCUUUGUUUACAUUCUCGCUUUCGAUGUCAUUAAUUAAGAAAACCGUAGCGAAGAACCAGGAGCCUUAAAAGGAAAUCCUUUAUCAAAAAUUAAACCUUUUUUAUUCUUUUACUGCUAAUUAUCUCACUAUAGUACAAGAUAAAACGUAAAAAGUGAUAGUACAAGUUAAGGUUUCAGUAUUUUAUAUACAAUAGAAGUGCUUCCUUCCCCCCUCUCUCUCUCUCUCUCUCUCUCUCUCUCUCUCGUAAUCUCGAGAAAUGUUUAAUAGAAGCUAUUAUCUCUUGAGAAACCAAUGAUAAGAAUGAUCGACAAGUGUUGUUUAUUAUUCGUUAUGUGGACCUCAGGAAAUUAAUUUUCUAAGAUUAAUAUUUAAGUAUAUAAGAUUAUACUGACCGUUAUUGAUAUCAACAUAUUGACUUGAUUGUUAUUCUGUUCACCAAAACCUGUUUGUGAAUGGAUAAUGCUAUUAUGCGCGUUGAGCGGCGAAGUAGCAGAAAAGCAAAUGCAGUUGCUUAAAAUACAGAAACCUUAAUCUUGAACCUCUAUUGAUAAGUUAAUGAGUUGCCCUUUCAUACAUUAGAAUGUAUGAAUCUACUCAGCACGAAUGCGGUGAGUUGCCUCAGUGUUCGCACUUGUUUGAUACAUCUGCGACUUGCACAGGUCAGGGAACUCGAGUGCACGUUAGAUUAGACAGCGAUCAACUAUUAUUAUAUCUAUUAUUUUAUUGUAUCUUAUAAUGACGUUUUAUUUGAAUCUUCAGAAAUAAGUAGCUAAGUUUUUGUAUUCAUCGGUGAAAGCAAUAUUUACGUAAUAUGUAUUAUUUAAAAAUUAAUGUAAAAUCUAUCAUGUAACACAUCCUUGGGUCACAUACAGUCGGCAGAUUCAAAUAUCUAGUGUCCAAUGGGAAAAUAUAUCUCCUGAGAAUUAUUGAGAAACAAAUUCUCUUAUUGGACACGGAAUGCUUUGCCUGCAUAAAUUAGUCUUUAGAUUUUACUAUUUGUAAAGCUUUAAGCAUAACAUCGAUAUAAUGUAAAAAAAAGGGGAAGGAAUUAUUAUCGUAGAGUUUUCGGCAAUGCGAGGAAAUUUAUUUCGGAAGAAUUGCUAUCGCAUAUGAUAAAUAUUUAUUGUUAAAAUGAUUAUUAUCGGCGGUCAUUCUCACAUGUAUUUUUGUAUUAUGUAAAAUAGUGUUUGCUGACCGUUUACAUUAAUGUCGAAUUUAUGUUCGGUAAAAGAUUUCGAGCGUGCGUAUCCGCAACAAUUAUGUAAUAAUUAAUAUCGCAUUCUGUCUGAGAUAUCAAAUUCCGAUGCACUUGUAUUUGUAAUCGUUACUUGAUACUUUUGUCUCACGCGAUACUCAAAUCGAGGCUCUCUUGGCUGAGAUUUGUCCUAAAACGUGAUAUAGUUCAGCCAACAUCGCGAUUGUAGAUCGCUGAUGUUUCUCGUCUUUUCCUCAUACCGAUUAUUUAGCGUGCGUAGCAACUGUUCAUUUCAUACCAAAUUAUCUUUAUUUUGGUAUAUUAGAUUUGUAUGAUACGUCUUGCGUGUCGUAAGCUUAACAAUACAGUCAGUGGAUAAAAGGAGAAUUCAUCUUUCGGUAAUUCUCAGUAGAUACAAUUUUCUUGUUAAAUGCGGGAUAUAUGCUGUGGAACUUGUCGGGGUGAAAGUGUUGCGACCUUUCAUCCGCUGAUUGUAUAUUAUUCUUUUAAUGUAUAAAAAGUAAGGUAAUUUGUAAACAAAUACAAUAAGGCGUUAAACAUGAAAUUGGCUCAAGAUAAAUCUAUUGAAUUGUACACAAAAUUGUGGACAAAAAAUUGCAACAUUUUUAAAUUAAUUUCGCAGCGCAUCCCGUCUAGUAGGAAAUUAUUCUUUUUUAGUAACUUCCGGAAAAUGCAUUUUUCUAGUAAAUACGGAAUGUGGUGCGGAAUUUUCAUCUACUGGCUACCAGAUCGUGGGAUUUCUGGGUCGUGAUUCACGUGGUGGACAGUUUAUAUAAUGCAACGUGAAUAUAAAACCUGUGGCACACGAUGCUUAUAUUUGUACUGGAUUGCUUGUGUUCUAGAAAUACUGCGUUCUGAUUGGUGCAAAAGUGAAUUCUCGUUUAAUCGGAUGUUUCUGCCUGCGAUGAAAAUAUAGUAUAUCUCACAUGAAAUUGUUCGACAAGCAAUUUCAUGUCGUAUUCAUUCACAUGAUAUUCAAAUAAUACAAGUAGUGAGAAAAGUCGACGAAGACACAUAGGUUGUUUUCCAGUAGGGAUGUAAAAUCAUCGAUGUUUACUCAUUGAAGAUGCGUCGAUACGAAUUUGUCGGAUGUGCCGAUUGAUUGUCGGAUAGAGAAUUUCUAGAGUCCCUAAUAUUUUCUCUAGAUAUAAUACUAUUUUCAAUGAGCGAACAUCGAUAUUUGAAAAUCAUCGAUGAUUUUGUCCAUCCCUACGUAGCCAAUGUGUAUAAUUUCUGAUAAAAAGCCGAAGAUUGUAAUAACCCUUAAAAUCUUAGGAAUUGCGAUGUCUGACGACGCUGAAAACGCUUUUUAUUAGAAAUUACGUUACAAUUUAAUGUUUAAAAUAAAACAUUAAAGGGUUAUUAUGUUUAUUAUAAAUCUGUACUAAGAUUUAAAUGUUUUCUUUUUGUUUUCUCUCGAGACAGCUUGGAAAACGAUGUCCAAUGUGACUUGGUUUUAGAAUUAUUCCCAAAAGAUAAAUCAUUUUUAUUGGACAUCGUUCCGGAUUACAUUGAGAAAAACGGCCAAACCGUAAUAACAAAUAUAAAAUUAAAUAUGAUAUAUUUCUUUUUCUUUCUUUCUUUCUUUCAGGGAUAAGUAAUUAGGGGCCAGUAGUUGAGCUGAUAAUUUAAAUUUUCACUCACCGGUGUUACGCGUUUGAUAUCUAGUAAUGUCAAGAAGUGCACAUCAUUUAAUCCACUUGAGUAAUCAAUGAUAACGUAACAGAUAUCCUAUUUUGCAGAUCUACGAUAUGUACAGAAAUGUUUAUACCAGUUUCUUGAUUCGUGCAUCUGUCAAUAAUAAUUUAAAACAAUUAAAUCCAUUGUAAAUGUAGUUGAAAUUAGCGGAACAAAAAUACUUUUGCUACCACCGACAAUUAUGUUAAAUUUGUUUGUUUACUGUGUCUAAAAAAUAAAAUUUAUGUAACUGUUCAUGUAUAUUCAUCAUAUUUGUUAUAAUAAUAAUAAUAUCCUCUUGUGUUUGAUA